CGCCUCUCUCUCUCUUGCGCCCAUUGGGUUCCGGCAUCCAUCUUCCCCUUGCCUCCUUCGUCCUGCACCAUUGCCCCAUCUCUUUCUUGCCCUUUUCUCCCCCGGCCGGCGCGGCCUCCCUGGGCUCCUAGCUUUCCCCUCGCUCCCAAAAUAUAUGCCCACAAAUCCACAUGAACAAGCACCAUCAGCAAGCAGGAUGAAUUAACAAAGGAGAAAUAAAAAGAAACACCAAGCAGCAGCAGCAGCAGCAGCUUCAGCUAGCUCCUUUUUCUUCUCUCCCCACAUCCCAAAAACCAUUCUUUACUCUCCUCCAAGAAAACAAGCACCACACAAACCCUAAAGAAACACACCCGAGCAGCGUUGGCCUCUCACAUACCCCUCUCCUUCUUCCCCGUCGCCUCUACUAUUCUCAUAAUCAUCAUCACCAGCACCACAUCUUCUCCUGCGUCGCCAAUUAUUAAUAUUAUCGAAAGAUGGCAGGCCUGGAUUUGGGCACCAGCUCCUACCUGAACCACCACCACCAGCCCCUCCAUCUUCACCACGAUGACGGCGGAGCGGCGGGCUCCGACGACGGCCAGGACUCGCUGUCGCCGGGAUCGGGGGGUGGAGGUCCGCCGAGCACGGCUGGAGGAGCCGGCAUCGGGGGCGGGGAGAUCGUCGCGCGCCGCCCGCGCGGCCGCCCGCCGGGGUCCAAGAACAAGCCCAAGCCGCCCGUGAUCAUCACCAGGGAGAGCGCCAACGCGCUCCGGGCGCACAUCCUCGAGGUCGCCGCCGGGUGCGACGUUUUCGAGGCGCUCACCGCCUACGCGCGCCGCCGGCAGCGCGGCGUCUGCGUGCUCUCGGCGGCCGGGACCGUCGCCAACGUCACGCUGCGCCAGCCGCAGUCCUCCCAGACCGGGCCGGCCUCGCCGGCGGUGGCCACGCUCCACGGCAGGUUCGAGAUACUCUCCCUCGCGGGCUCCUUCCUCCCGCCCCCGGCGCCGCCGGGGGCCACCAGCCUCGCCGCGUUCCUGGCCGGGGGCCAGGGGCAGGUCGUCGGUGGCAGCGUGGCCGGCGCGCUCAUCGCCGCGGGGCCCGUGGUCGUCGUGGCCGCGUCGUUCAGCAACGUCGCCUACGAGAGGCUGCCGCUCGAGGAAGGCGACGACGUGCCCCCUCCAGCACCCCCGGGGAGCGACCAGCCGGGCGUGCCGUUCGGGAACGACCCCGCCGCGGCAGCGGCAGCAGCCGGUGGGCUUCCGUUCUUCAACCUGCCGAUGGGGAUGCCGCCAAUGCCGAUGGAUGGGAACGGCGGCUGGCCUGGCGCCCCCGGCGGCGGUGUCGGGAGGCCGCCCUUCUCUUGACGGAUCCAAUCCGGCCGGUGAGGUGCGUCGGCAAGAGCGCGCGCGCGACGAGGACAUCAUGGAUAUGUACAACAACAACCAAGUAGCAUCUAUCUCUUCAUCUCUCUCCAUCGUUCAUUCCCUUGCUUGUUCUUCUCUCUUGUGGCGCCACUGUUGUGAUCUCUGUCCGAUGUUUUUGGUGUUAACCUGUAUGGGACUUGUUGAUUGUGUUGAUUCUUGAUCAGUCGAGUGUCUCUGCUGUUAAUUCGAACCAAGUGUUGUGAUCGAGGACAUGCACUCAUAAAUUGAUCAAAAUUAGUGCUGUUGUUUAUGUCCUGGAAUCGAUGAUGUUCGAGCUCA